UAUGAUUUAGUUGGUUGAUUACAAGAUUUCAAAAAAUACUCUACAUAGGUCUUGUUGGUGUAAAUUAUCUUAGUGACCCCAACAUAUGAUUGUCGGGGUUUCUAUAUGAAAUACACAAAUAUAAUAUGAGAACCAAUAAACAGAAAAGAAUCCCCGAGUAGCUCGAGUUGCCUCAGGCAAAAGUCUCGAGUAUAUUCUGGUCGUCCACUGUUCUAGUACUGAAAUAGCUAAUGAUAUUGCUACACUGCGUAGGGCUAUGUGGCAUUUGUUACAAGUAAUCGUGUUAGUGCUAUAGCAGAAUUCGAUGGACAACUAACUAUUGCCGACGUCAUGUAACCGUUGAUUGAGCCUUCCAGAUCCUUGCCAGGCUAUCUAGAUCAGUCCACUCCGUGCCUUAGAGUCUCUCGUGGGGGCUUGAAACAUGGUCUUAUUUUUCCCGACAGAUCUUAAACUUAGUGAAGUAAAAUAUGUAAUGAGUUUUCUUUAAAAACAAAACACACCUUGGGCUGGGAGGUGGAGUCCCGUUGAAGUAAAUUUGAUUUAGUUUUGGAUAAAACUUAAAGUGGGCAGACCACUAACCAGAAUGAAAGGGAAGCAACAAUCCUAGCUAAUUCCCAAUUAAACAGAAUAGAAGGGAGAGAGGUGAGUGCAGAGUGCUUCAUGCGGGAUCCACCCAACCAAAGUUUGGUAUAAAAUACAACAGAAAUCGGUAACUUAUCUUCUAAGACCAGUAACUAACACGCACACCGCACCAUCUUAUUUAUUAUUUACGUACAUAUAUAUUAUGCCUACAUUCCAACUCCCCCGGCCCUCCAUUACCAUCUUACUAUAGUGUGAAUAUCAGAGAGCGUGCGUGAAGGAUGAGAGAUAGGCUGGAAAGAUAUGUACUUCUUCCCUUUUCUCUGGGCUGCAUCUCGGAGUCCAGUGUUGUGGUUCGUCGUUCAGACUGCCACAUCAAGAAAUCAUCAGAGCCCCAACACUCACCACCCUACCAUUUAACAACUCCUACAAGGACCAAAGAAGGGAGGGAGAAAGAAGAAGAAGAGGAAGAGGAAGAUGAAGAUGGAGAUGGCCAGUCACUGCCCAGGUUUCAGAGACUCCUUAAGAAUUUCAAGAACUUCUCUCAGUUACUCUUAUUUGAUCAAGCAGUGUAUAAGGAAGAAGACGACGAAAUUGAAGAUGAGGAAAUACCGAUAAUGGAUGGCGGAGACGGCAUGGAAAUCGGAUUCCCAACCGAUGUGAAGCACGUAACUCAUAUCGGCUUAGACGGCGCUGCAACUUCCCUACUCUCACCGAACUGGAGGCAGCCGACCGCCGACGUCGACCUCUUCAGCCGCCAAAACCUACUCAUCACCGGAAAUGAUUCUCCUCAUCCUCCUCCGGCCGUCGCAAUGGUGGCUGCGCCUGGCGGCACGCCGGCGUGAGGGUUAUAAUAUUGAUAAUGAGAAUAUACAAUCCUCGAGCAACGCCCGGCUUCCUCUGCCGGAACAAGCUAAUCGAACGAUCUCCUCAACUGUCUAUACCAAUGCCAAAUCUGUAAACUGUUGUUAAUCUCCCCAUGGCUUAUUGAUUGAUAGAUGGAUGAACUCAUCACUUUCCCCAUUUCGUUGCGUGUUUUUGGUGUAAUAACUAAAAUUUUCCAAAGAAAAAAAAAAUACUAUACUGUAUUUCCCAUUAGUUUCCUCCAUAUAUAUAUAUAGAGGAAAGUCUAAAGGCUGGUGGACACUGCACAAUACAAUCAUAUAUACUUUUCUGAAUUA